AUGAACAACAAUUUGAGGGGUCCAAUCCCAUCAAGUUUAAGAAACUGCAAAAGCUUAUACAGAGUUAGGCUUGAAGGAAACCAGUUGACAGGAAAUAUAUCAGAAGCUUUUGGUAUAUAUCCUAAUUUGAAUUAUAUUGCAUUAAGCAACAACAAAUUUUAUGGUGAACUUUCGCCAAACUGGGGGCAAUGCCAUAAUCUAACAAGCCUACGAAUCUCCAAUAAUAACAUUUCUGGAAAGAUACCACCUGAGCUGAAGCAUGCAACUCAAUUACACGAACUCGAUGUCUCUUCAAAUCAUCUCAUUGGCAAAAUUCCACCAGAGAUUGGAGUUCUUUCAAAUCUAGAACAUCUUAACUUGGCAUCAAACAAUUUGAGUGGACGGAUUCCUAAUCAACUUGGAGAGUGCUCAAAGUUAUUGGACCUGAAUUUGAGCAAGAAUAAACUUGGAGAAAGCAUUCCACUUUCACUUGCAAAAUUACAUUCCUUGGAAACAUUGGACCUUUCUCACAAUAUGCUUAAUGGUUCCAUCCCAAAUUCUUUUAAUAAUUUGCAAAGCUUGACUGUUGUGAAUAUAUCUUACAAUCAAUUAGAAGGCCCUAUUCCUAACAUUAAGGCAUUUCAUGAGGCUUCAUUUGAUGCCUUAAGAAACAAUAAGGGACUAUGUGGUAAUGCCACUGGACUAAUGCCUUGUGCUGUCACUGCAACUAGCAGCGGGAGGUUGAGUUCAGUUUCCUGCAUCUUUUUCUCUUAUAACCAUCUACGUGGUUCUAUUCCUGGAGAGGUUUGCAACCUUUCCAAGCUCACCGAGCUUGGCUUGUCACAGAAUAAUUUCUCUGGAAGUAUUCCACCUAAAAUCGGAAGGUUGAGUUUACUUUCUCUAUUUCUCUUUGAUGCAAACAAUCUCACCGGUCCAAUACCUAUUUCUAUUGGAAGCUUGCAUAAUUUGUCCCAACAUGUCCUAGUUGACAAUAGUCUCAAUGGUGCCACACCGAGAGAAGUUGGAAUGAUGAAGUCACCCAAUAUGCUUGAUCUUUCAAUAAACCAACCAACUGGUCCUAUCCUAGCAUCUAUGGGAAACCUAAGUAACUUGUUGUUAAGUAAUAAUCUUACUGGUGUCAUCCUUGCUUCCAUAGGAAACUUAAUCAAAUUGUCUACUCUUUACCUUUUUGAAAAUAAGCUUUCUGGGUCAAUACCUCAAGAGAUAGGGAUGCUUGUAUCUCUUACAAAACUUAUUUUCUUUGAUAACAAUUUCUCUGGUUCAAUCCCUGCUUCCAUAGGAAACGUGACCAGCUUAUCUACUCUCUACCUUGAUCAAAAUAUGUUUUCUGGUUCAAUCCCUGCUUCAAUUGGAAAUAUGACGAAGCUUGUGGGGUUAAGUCUUCUAUAUAAUCAUUUAUCAGGGCCAAUUCCUUCGUUCAGCAAUCUUACUCAUUUGGAAUCAUUCCAAAUGUCGAGUAACCAUCUCGGUGGUCCACUACCCGAGAAUGUAUGCCUCGGUGGACAACUCAUAUAUCUUGGGGCUAUCAACAACAAUUUGACAGGCAAAAUUCCAUCAGAGAUUGGAGUUCUUUCAAACCUACGACAUCUUAACUUGAUUUUAAGUCAGAAUUUACUUAUUGGGGAGAUACCACAACAGCUUGCAAAAUUACUUUCGUUGGAAGUAUUAGACCUUUCUCACAAUAUGCUUAAUGGUUCCAUCCCAAAUUCUUUUAAUGAUUUGCAAAGCUUGACUGUUGUGAAUAUCUCUUGCAAUCAAUUAGAAGGUCCUAUUCCCAACAUUAAGGCAUUUUAUGAGGCUUCAUUUGAUGCCUUAAGAAACAAUAAGGACCAAUGUGUUAAUGCCACUGGACUAAUGCAUUGUGUCGUCACUGCUGUUAGCAACAGCGUUGGUCAUAGAAAAAGCACCAAGGUCAUCAUUUUCAUUGUGCUUUUUCUCUUUGGUCUUCUUCUUUUACUCUGUAUCAUGGCUGGAAGUUUCCUUAUUCUUUGCCAAAAGAAUCGAACUAGAAAAUCUAAGUCAAUGGAGGCACAACUUGGAGAUUUUUCACAUUGUGGGGAUAUAAUGGAAGAAUACUGUAUGAGAACAUUAUUGAAGGCAAGGAAGAUUUCAGUUCCAGCAAUUGCAUUCAGGAGGCUAUGGAGCUGCUUAUAA